AUGACGGAGAGCGGCGGGGCUCUGCAGCGCCUGAGGAAGUGUUGCUUCCACUGCCACACACCACACUGUCAGUUCUGGCCACCAUCUUGCUUCACCCAAGAAGAAGCCAUGACUGCCUUCAAAGGCAUCUGGACUAAGGAGUUCUGGCGCUGUGUGGGGGCCGAGUUCUUCGCCAUGCUGCUCUUCGUCCUGCUCAGCCUCGGCUCGACCAUCAAUUGGGGGGCUGUUAGUCAGGAUCCCCAACCCCCUGACCUGGUGCUCAUCUCGCUCUGCUUUGGCCUGAGUAUUGCCACAAUGGUGCAGUGCUUCGGCCACAUCAGCGGUGCUCAUAUCAACCCGGCAGUCACAGCAGCCAUGGUGGUGACCAGGAAGCUCAGCCUGGCUAAAGCAGUCUUCUACCUGCUGGCCCAGUGUGUAGGAGCCAUAGUGGGGGCUGCUAUUCUCUUUGGGGUCACCCCAGCCUCUGUCAGGGGAGGCAUGGGGGUCACAACGGUAAAUACAAGCAUCUCGGAGGGAAACGCUCUGGUCAUAGAACUUUCCAUCACCUUUCAGCUGGUCUUCACUGUGUUUGCUACCUGUGACCACAGACGUAAUGACCUGAAGGGGUCAUCUGCUUUGGCUAUCGGCCUGUCUGUGUGUGUUGGUCACCUGUUUGCUACUCCCUACACAGGACCAGUAUGAACCCCUGCCAGAUCCGUUGGCCCACUGAUCACAUGGAGCUGGAAACCACUGUGGCCUUAUUUCUUGGGUCCAACUCUGGUUGGGGCUCUGGCUGCAGCCCUUAUAUACCUGCUGUUCUGUCCGGACCCAGAGCUGAAGAGACGUUACUCCGAGGCCUUCAUCAAGACUCCCUUCACUGCCACUAAACACCGGCAGGACUCAGUCACAGCCCAUGAGCCUCUCUUUACUGUUAUGGAUGUGGAGAGAGCCGAGAGGAAGGAACGAGAGAGGGAGAGGGAGGUGUCGGGGGAGGUGUUGUCCUCCGUAUGA